ACUAUAUAUACACACCCUUCUUCUCAAACCUCUUUGAUUCGCCAUUUUCACAUCCAUCACUCUCUCAACUUCUUCUGAAGCGAAAGAGCCAAGCCCAAGCAGAUUAGCUUGGUUCAUUUCUAUCUGUUUCCGAUCUUUUAUCUGCAAUUUAAAGGUUUUAAAAAAUGGCUGAUGCUGAGGAUAUCCAGCCCCUUGUAUGUGAUAAUGGAACUGGGAUGGUCAAGGCUGGGUUUGCUGGUGAUGAUGCGCCCAGGGCAGUAUUUCCCAGUAUUGUUGGAAGACCUAGACACACCGGUGUCAUGGUUGGGAUGGGUCAGAAGGAUGCCUAUGUCGGUGAUGAAGCACAAUCUAAAAGAGGUAUUCUGACCUUGAAAUACCCAAUUGAGCAUGGUAUCGUCAGCAACUGGGAUGAUAUGGAAAAGAUCUGGCAUCACACUUUCUACAAUGAGCUUCGUGUUGCCCCUGAGGAACACCCAGUGCUUCUCACCGAGGCUCCACUAAACCCUAAAGCCAACAGAGAAAAGAUGACUCAAAUCAUGUUUGAGACCUUUAAUGUGCCUGCAAUGUAUGUUGCCAUCCAGGCCGUUCUAUCUUUGUAUGCCAGUGGUCGUACAACUGGUAUCGUGCUGGAUUCUGGUGAUGGUGUGAGCCACACUGUGCCAAUCUAUGAAGGAUACGCUCUUCCACAUGCUAUCCUCCGUCUUGACCUUGCCGGUCGUGAUCUCACUGAUGCUUUGAUGAAGAUUCUCACUGAGAGAGGGUACAUGUUCACCACCACUGCUGAACGGGAAAUUGUCCGUGACAUGAAAGAGAAACUUGCAUAUGUUGCACUUGACUAUGAGCAGGAACUUGAGACUGCCAAGAGCAGCUCCUCAGUUGAAAAGAACUAUGAGCUUCCUGAUGGCCAAGUCAUCACGAUUGGAGCUGAGAGAUUCCGAUGCCCAGAGGUCCUUUUCCAGCCAUCUCUCAUCGGAAUGGAAGCUGCAGGCAUCCACGAGACUACUUAUAACUCAAUUAUGAAGUGUGAUGUGGAUAUAAGGAAGGAUCUUUAUGGUAACAUUGUGCUCAGUGGUGGUUCCACUAUGUUCCCUGGUAUUGCUGACCGUAUGAGCAAGGAGAUCACCGCCCUUGCUCCAAGCAGCAUGAAGAUUAAGGUGGUUGCACCACCCGAAAGAAAAUACAGCGUCUGGAUUGGAGGAUCUAUCCUUGCAUCCCUUAGCACUUUCCAGCAGAUGUGGAUUUCCAAGGGUGAGUAUGAUGAGUCUGGUCCAUCCAUUGUCCACAGGAAGUGCUUCUAAGCUUUACAAGUGCUUUGCUGGCGAGUUAUUUUUUGCAUUUAGUUGGCUUUUUUCGUGUCAAGGUGUCAUGUGAACUAAAUUAUGGUUGAUGUGAAGAAGUGUUGAGAUGGAAUCAUUGAAGGAGGGUAUAUCCUGAUCUUGAUGUAUCAAAAUAGCUUUCCAUCUGUUGCUAUUCAUGUAUGUUAAUGCCAGAAGUGAGAGGUUUAAUGGAAUGGCGCCUCCGGAUGUGAUAUUAGACACUUUGGUACUCAAGUCGUUACUUUCCUCGCUAUCUCUUAUGGUUCAACCAUGUCUUCUUUAGUAGGAUGUUUGUAGCUGGAGAGUGAUUGUGAUGUUUUUUUUUUUCCCUUUUCUUUUUUUUCAUUUGGUUUCAAUUUUCUUCAAAAUUGAAGGGUUUUCCUCCCUUGAGAACAUUAAUGUUAAUAGUUAUUGUAUGAGAAAUUUUAUCUAGUGUCAGUUUGCGGUCAAAAACUUAUGGAACUUAUUCUUAGUACUAUGUUUGAAAGGAUCUGCUUAUUUUA